AUGCCAGACGAGGCACGACGAAUCAUCAUCGAAAAGUCCAGCACGGUCCGUCGCCGAUAUCAACGCAGCAACAAACGAUUCAAAUUCACAGCCUCCCAACUCCGACGGAUUGAACGUGAAGAGGAACUUGAACGUCGCGCCCAGGCGAUUCGGGAUAAGGAGGCGAAACGGCGCGCCAACAAAAAGAAGAAGGCUGAAAAGGAGGCCAAGGAUCGGGAGGAGCGCAAGAAGCUUGGUCUCCCGGAUCCUUGUGUGCCCAAAGUCCCAGCGAGUCAGCCACUGCUGUCUGCUUUCCUCGGAGCAAAACCUGCGGUGCGCGAUGAAGGACAAGAAUCUCCUGCAAAUGAGUCGGAGUCUCUUGAGACAGAAGAUGAGGAGCCAGCCGAGAUAGAGCAUCAGAACCCCGGUGGUGACACCGAGGCUGAGUCGGAUUACUUUGACGACCUGGAUGAGGGAGUCAUUGAGCAGGAGCUCUUGUGUUUUCAAGAUGUGAAUCACUCAGAAGACCCUCCUGGUGGAAAUGCUCUCGACGAUAUAAACACCUCCAAAGUCAUGGUUGGCCAUGAAGCCACAGGGGAGGAUGUACGCCUUUCGCACAGAAAACAUGAUGACGAUCGUCACGACAAAGAAGUUGAUAUGCCCACUGGUGCCGGCGCUGGUGCCGGCGCUGGUACUGCCGCCGUGGCUGAUGACGAUGACGACGAAUUCUCUGAUUGUUCAGUAUUCAACGAUGUCGAUAUAAUACAAGAAGCGGACGCCAUUGUAUCCGCGCGAUUCCCUCCACCGGAGCCGAUAGACUCCCUACCUUCUGCAUUGCAUACGCCCGUGAUGUCAACGAUGGGUCCACCCCAACCUGUGGAGCAGGCACAAAUAUUAACCUCUCCAUUACCGUGUAUGAGCGAUUCUUUCUACGACGAUACGGCCGAUUACUUGGAGGGCGUCUUCUCGCGUGGCUGUGGCGACUCCUUUUCCGAGCUAGCCCAGCUGGGUUCCGGUGCGCCAUGA